ACGAGGCUCUGUCGCUCGGUGCCCAAGAAUCAAGCCACCACCGUUGCCUCUUACACGCUUCCGGUUCUUCUCUCGGGAGUAUCCAUGACGACCACGACGUCGGAUCUCGCGGAGCUCCAAGCACGCGUCGAGCACUUGGAACGGAUCCGGUUCGCCCGUAGCGCUCCCACUGCCGCCACGGACGACGACGACGACUCUCCGGAUCGUGUUGUGGUCACGGUGGACGACUCGAUGCGACGAGCCCGUGCCGCCGUCGAACGCGCCGGCUUGUAUUCGGCGCGUUGGCGCUGGGUACCCGCACCCUACUACACUUGGACCUUACCGGAACGGGCCCGGGAACUCGGGGCAUCCUCCACAUUGCAGCUCUGUAAGUCGCUCCUUCUGGACAACAAAAAGUGUCGUGUGUCACAAGCGGACAACGCAUACGACCCGACCUAUCCCAAAUUCGUUCUCGUGGUGAUUCAGUACGGAGCCACGCUGGACGUGAAGAAACUGACCGCCACCAUACGGGCCCGGCGACCGGUGCCCACGCGUUACGACGUUGGACGAUUCGAUUUUCGCAUCGCCUCGGCGGAAGACAACGAUCGUGUCACCGGCUACGCGCACAACUCCGUGACGCCCUUUGGAUUGGUGACUCACGGGACGGUGCCCGUGGUCUUGGCGCAAGCCAUUGCCGAAUUGCCCCAACGCUUCUUUUGGAUGGGAGGCGGUCACGUGCACCUCAAACUGGGCGUGUCCGUGACGGAUUUUCAACGAGCCCUACAACCUAUUGUGGCGGAUAUUAGUCAAGAACGGGUCGGCGACACGUCUGUAGCAGAUAUGAUGGAAGGUUAG